AUGAACAAGGAUCUCAUUGUAAUUUACUAGAUCCAGUAUUUCAAAACUUUAUUGUCUCCACUCAGAAUUUAUUCUCCAAACUGUCCUCGGAUCCGGCGGAAGUUCGGAAGAAGGCGUUGGAAUACGGAUGCGACUUUUUGGGAGGCGAAUGGAAGAAUCUGAAAGCAGACGAUCUGGAGGUGACUCAGAUGACGUGAGCCGCCGAAUCCACUCCCUCUUCCGUUAUUACUACUCCCGUUCAGGGGCGGUCAGUCCAACCUGCUCUACCUGGUCUCUGCCUCCGAUUCUCAUUUCUCCCCGGAUACUCCCUCUCGAUUCCUCGUCCGUCUCCACCGCCAAUCGGCCGUCCAAGUGUUCACCGAUACCGUCGUCUUCUCAAUUAUGUCCGAAAGAGAUCUCGGCCCGAAACUGUUCGGAUUCUUCCGGGGCGGGCGCCUCGAACAGUUUCUGCCCAGCGAGACGCUCGAUCCGGACACUGUCUCCCUGCCAGAGUUGGAAUCUUUAUGAAACAGGGAAAAAAGAGAGAAUUUCCAGAGUGUCUCGGAAGAUCGGAGCCAUCUUUCCACUCCUGCAUUCGCUGAAAGUUCCCAUUCCGAAGAAGCCGAGGGCGAUCGAAAUGAUUCGGGAAUUCUUGAAAGAGUGCAGAGAUCUCGGGCAGACUUCCUUCAAGUUGGUGCCCGGAUCUGUUGAUUACGAAGGAAUUCCGGAAGAAGUGACUCUAGAUCGAUUGGAAAAGGAAGUGACGGAUUUCGAGAAAAUGUGCGCGCUUUUCGAUGAAACCGUCGUGUUCGCUCACAACGACCUUUGGGUGAAUCCGGUCAAACUUACUGCUUAACUGAUUCUUGCCUACUUUCAGUCCGCGAACAUUCUCCAGCUGAACGACUCGAAAGAGAUAGUUUUCAUUGACUUCGAGUAUUCUUCCUACAACUGGCGGUCCGUCUCUGCUCGCAUUCCCUUCCGAAUCCUUCCGUUUCAGAUCGUUCGACCUUUCCAUGCACCUCUCCGAAUGCGCCUUCGAUUACCGUGUUCCGUUCCCUCCGGGCGUCCACGUCGAUCAAAGAUUCUUCGAGAAUCACCCGAACAUCCAACUGUUCUGCUCUGCAUACGUGGAUACUCUGUUCCGAAUGAAACUGGACAAUCCGCAUCAGAAGUAUCCGAAAACCGACGAUAAAGAGAAAGAGACCGCCCGUCUCGUGCUCGAAUGCAAAUUCUUCCUCCCACUUGUCAACAUGCUCUGGGCAACGUGGUCUCUGAAGCAUUUAUGGGUGAGAUCCGGAACAAACACCUCACGGCAACAUUCUUAUUUCAGGCUGACAAUCAGGAUGACGUGGAUUUGGCAGUGGCGGCAAGCAACCGACUCUCCGUUUUCUUCCACUUCAAACCGCAAUCUGAGCAGAUCUAUGAACAACUGAAACACUUCUGA